AGGCGGCGCCGGGUUUGAAUCUGAGAGUGUUUGCGGGGUAGUGGACGCGGCACCCCAGCUUUCAGGGCCUUUGUUGGAGGUCGGGUAAGGAGUGAUGAUUGGAUUCUUCUUUUCAACUUAUUUUUAAAUAUUGAUUGAGUAAUAAACAAGAUAGAACAAAAUGAGUUGGGCUUUAGAGGAAUGGAAAGAAGGUCUGUCUACCAGAGCCCUUCAAAAAAUUCAAGAUCUUGAAGGACAGCUAGACAAACUAAAGAAAGAAAGACAACAAAGACAAUUUCAGCUGGAAUCCCUGGAGGCUGCCUUGCAAAAACAGAAGCAGAAGGUUGACGAUCAGAAAAAUGAAGGGGCCACCCUCAAAAGGGAGAAUCAGAGCUUGAUGGAAACAUGUGAUAAUUUGGAGAAAAUGAGGCAGAAGAUUUCUCAUGAGCUUCAAGUUAAAGAGUCACAAGUGAAUUUCCAGGAAGGACAGCUAAAUUCAAGCAAAAAGCAAAUAGAAAAACUGGAACAGGAACUUAAAAGAUGUAAAUCCGAACUUGAGAGAAGCCAACUGGCAGUGUUGCCCGGAGAUGUCUCGACACUAAACAGUACACCACAGAAGAGUUCUGCUGCUUCUGUACAGUCAAGUCACCAAAGUGCUUCCAGGUACGAAGAACUGCAGGAAAAAUACAGUAAAGAAGUUGAAGAACGAAAAAGGUUAGAGGAAGAAGUAAAAGCUUUACAAAUUAAAAAAGCAAGUAAGACAGUUCUCCCAAACACCAUGAGUCAUAGGGAAAUUGCUCGGCAUCAGUCUUCUUCAUCAGUGUUCUCAUGGCAACAAGAAAAGACACCUACUCAUUCAGCUAAUGCUCAAGAAACUCCCUUUAGGAGAGGUCUUACUGCCUUACACAUUCCUUGGGAACAAGAAACAACACCUAAUAGGAUGUCAAGUUGGCAAACGGAGAAGAAAGAUACUAAUUGUAGUUUCCAUGAGAACCAGAGUAAUCCUCACCUACUGGAUCAGAUAAAAGCUCAGAAUCAAGAGUUAAGGUGCAAAGUUAAUGAAUUGGAACAUCGAUUGCAAGGACAAGAAAAAGACAUAAAAGGACACAUGAAUAAAUGGCAAGAAACACAGCUCCAACUGGAGAAAACAAAAUUGGAGUUAACGGAAAAAGAGAAAGUUUUGAACAAAACUAGGGAUGAACUGAUGAGAUUAACAGCACAAUUUGAUCAGGCAACUGCCAAGUGUAAAACACUGGAGCAAAAGUUGAAAAAAAUGUCUGAAGAUUUGAGUUGCCAAAGACAAAAUUCAGAAAGUACCCGAUGCUCUUUGGAACAGAAGAUCAAGGACAAAGAGAAGGUCUAUCAGGAGGAACUCUCUCAUCAACAGCGUACCCUCCGGAUGCUGGACCAGGAAAGUGCUCAGAUAAAAGCCAAACUAAACCAAGAGUUACAGCAAGCCAAAAGCACUCAAAACAUAUUGCAAGCUGAACUUGAUAAAGUGGUAGCAGUGAAACAGCAGCUGGAGAGGAAUUCAGACGAGUUUAAGCAGAAGCUCUGCAGAACUGAACAAGCAUUGCAGGCAAGUCAGACAAAGGAAAAUGAACUGAGGAGGAGCAUGGAGGAAAUGAUGCAGGAAAAGCAACUUUUCAGCAAUCAGUUAGAUGAAAGAACAAGAGAAGUCUACCAGCUAGAGGAAGAACUCAAGAAAACCAAACAUUAUCUAAAGCAGAAUCAGAAUCUUGCAGAAGAAAUGAAAAAUAAGAAUACCACUCAAGAGGAAGCUUUAAAAACUCUUCAAAAAAAAAUAAAUCAACAGGAAAAAUCUUUGACUUUGGAGAAACUAAAGCAUGCAGUGGCUGAUCUAGAGAAGCAACGGGAUUGUUCUCAAGAUCUGCUGAAAAAAAGGGAACAUCAUAUUGAACAGCUCAAUGAUAAAUUAAGUAGAACAGAGAGAGAAUCAGAAGGGUUACUGAGUACCUUGGAAUUAAAGGAGAAAGAAUGUGAAGAACUAAAAAAAGAGACAACUCUGUUUUCUCAGUGGAAAAGUGAGAAAGAGCAACUUUUGAAUCAGCUUUUAUUGGAAAAGGAAGGCUUGCAAAGCAAAAUUAAUCAUUUGGAAAUAUGUCUGAAGACUCAGCAGAUGAAAAAUCAUGAUGCCAAUGAAAGCUUCAAAAUAAUGGAAACUGAAAAAGAAAACUUAAGCUUGGAGAUCAGAAACCUUCAGAAUGCAAUAGAAGGAAAAAAUGUAGAAUUAGAAGCACAGAAAAGAGCCUAUGAUGAACUCCAGCUAAAAGCUGAAUGCUUAGAUAAGAAAUAUAAAAAGGAAAUAGAAAAUCUCUCUUUGAAAAUAGUUCAGGUAACUGAGGAAGUUGAACAUCUGAAACAAAAACUACAGUUGAUGUCCAGUGAAAUGCUGGGGAAAGAUCAGCGUUAUGAAGAAUUGUGUAUACAAUAUGAAAGGAUCAAUAGUCUAGUAAAAUCUAAAAAUAUUUCUCAAAUGACAAGUGAUGAUCACUGUGGGGAUCUUUUGAUUUUAGAUCAGCCAGUUUUGAACAAUUCUUUUACAAAUAUAUUUGAAAUUCAAGGAAGCCUGCCUUUAGAAGGGGGAGAUCAGAAAAUAAAAUUGCAUUUAGAAGACCAGAAUGUAAAAAGUGCAGCUUUACUACAACAUGACGUUUCUUCAUUUGAGCUUCCGAUAGAGUCUCAAAAGCAGAUGAACUCAGAAUUACAAAAACAUUGUGAAGAGUUGGUGCAAAUCAAAGGUGAAAUAGAAGAACAUAUGAUUAAAGGAGAGCAUAUGCAUGAAAGUUUUGUAGAUAAGCAGUUUCAAGUGUUGAGUGAACAACGGGAAUCUGGACAAGCAGAAAUCGAAGAUUUAAAAAUCAAUAACCGAUUACUUGAAGAGUCAGUAAAGGAGCUGCACUUGAUGUCUGAAGCCCUGAGUUCUGAAAAAAAGGAAAUUAAUUCAGUUCUCUUUCAAAACAAGAAAGAAAUUGAAGAACUGAUCCAAGAAAAUAGGAAUCUCAAGGAAAUUAAUUCAAUUUUAAAUAUUGAAAAAAUGAACUUAAUGCAAAAAAAAUUCAAUUUUUCAAACUGCUUAAUUGAAAAGGAGAAAAAUAUUGCAGAGCUAUCUGAUAGAAACAAAGAGGAGGAGUUUCUUUUGGUAAAGAGAUGUGAAGAAGCUGAAAAGGGACUUGAACUUCUUAAAGAAAAAUAUAAAUUAAUGGAGGAAAAGAACACUGAAUUGGAAUGUAUCUUAAGGGAACAUACUGCUAGUCUUUGUGGAAACAGAAAUAAUGAAUUAAGAGACUUGGAAGGAGCUUUUGUAAGAGAACGUGAAGAUUAUGUAGGCCGGCUAGCCCUAGCUGAGGAAAAAAAUGAGAAAUUAGUUCUUGAGAUGGAAACAAUACAGUGUGGACUGAGAGCUGAGAUUGUAGCUAUUCAAAAUAGUUCAAAGAUUGAAGCUGAUGGCUUAAGACAAGAAAUUUCAAAUUUCAAGUGUGAAAAAAGUAAAAUACAAGAACAAUAUGAUGUCUUGCUGCAAGAGAAUGAUAGAUUGAUGAAGUUAGUUAAGACAAAAGAGGUGCAAAGGAAUGAAUUGGUUCUUACUGGCAGCCCAGCUUCUGAACAAAUCAAUGAGUCUUUAAAUGAAAAUGGGAAUGAAUUAGAUAAUUUUAAGACGAUUGAAGUUGAAAUGUUUCGUAUGAAUCUUGAAGCUAAAGAUGGCUCUUUAAAUACUUAUAAUGCACAAAUGGUACAAUUUGAGGAAGUCACUGAACAUGUGGAACUAAGACUUCAGGAAAGUGAAGAGGAGAAAGAGGUCUUACAGCAAGAAUUGGAAGUGAUUAGAAAGGAGCUGGAAGCUAGGGAUUCAAAGGUAAUGGAAACUCAGCAAUAUGAUCAGUCAUUUGGAACCAGCAACUAUGAGGACGGCAAAAAAGAAAUGGAUGAAAAGUAUAUUUCAGUUCUGCAUGAACUAUCAACAAGCCAAAAUGAUAAUGCACAACUAAUGGCUUCAUUGCAGACAGCAGUAAGUAAGCUAAAUGAGUUAGAGAAGAUGUGUGAGAUUCUACAAAUUGAAAAGUUAGAACUAACAUCUGAGCUUAAUGAUUCAAAAUCAGAAUGUAUCUUAGCAACUACCAAAAUGGCAGAAAAAGUAGAGAAACUAGUAAAUGAAGUUAAAACACUAAAUAAUGAAAAUGACCUUCUUGGUGAUCUUACUGAAGAGAAUAAUAAAGGUGAAUUUGGGGAACAAUGUAAUGAACCAAAGUCUAUUUGCUUAAAACUUCUAGAGGGCAGUAUUGAAGAUGAUGGUGACUAUGAACAUUUGAAACUGUCAAACAAAGAAGUUCAAAUGCAUUUUGUUGAAUUACAGGAAAAAUUUUCAUCUUUACAAAUUGAGCACAGAAUUUUACAUGAACAGCACUGCUACAUGAGCUCCAAGUUGUCAGAACUACGUUCUUACACUGACACACUAAAGGCUGAAAAUUCCAUAUUGUCAAUGAAUCUUAAAAACCUGCAGACUGAUUUGAUGAAGCAGCGCACUCCUGGUAAAGAAGAAUUUGCAUUAGAAGAGGGUGAUUCUUUAUCAUCCUCUUGUAUGAAUGAAACCCCCAAUCUUACAAGUUUUGUUGAAUCUUCUUUUUAUAAGGACUUAUUUGAAGAAACAAGAGAAAUAUCUUCUUUGAACAGUUUGGAAGAGAAUAUUUUAGACAGUCAGUCCAGUGCUAAUAUAGACGAAGCGCCUUGUCGCAGUCCCGUGGUAGACUGCAUGACUAAGAGAACUGCUAGAUCUGAUCCCAACUGGAAUAUUGAAGAACUUGAGACACUUUGCCAAACUUAUCAGAUGUCACUGAAGGAUCUUGAAGACAAAUAUCAAAGUCAAGAGAUUAUGAAAGAUAAAGAGAUUCAAGAGCUCAAGCAGCUCAUAGGUUCUGAAAGGAAAGAGCUGGAAUCUCUCAGAGAGCAGUAUUUAUCAGAAAACGAACAGUGGCAACAGAAACUGGCAAGCGUGACUGUGGAAAUGGAGUCAAAGUUGGCAGCAGAAAAGAAACAGACUGAGUACUUAUCACUUCAGCUUGAAGUAGCAAGACUUCAACUUCAAGGUCUUGAUUUAAGUUCCCGCUCAUUCCUUAUUGCUGAAGGUGACGAUGCAAUUAAGAAUGACCAAGAAAACAGUGUCUCAGAUAACUCAGAAGAACAUAUUUCAUUCACUGAUGAAAAGAUAAUUAAGAGUGACAGACUACACAUUUGUGAAGAAAAUGUUCAACAAACCUUAAAUGUGGAGUGUGAGAAAAUAGCUGAAAUUGAUGAUGUUGGCUCUGCAGUAGUAUAUUCUAGGGAACUGAACUUAGAAAAUGAACAUGGAAAUUCAUCAGAUAAAACCCCAAACAAUUCAGAAUGCAUUAAUGAAUUAUCAUUUUCUAGUCAUGAUACUUCAGCAGCUAUGGAUUUCCUGGAGAAUCAGGUGCUCAUUCAGAAUCUACAAAUGCAGGUGAAAGAAACUUCAAAGGAAAACUUGAAGUUACUCUGUGGCAUGGAGCAAAGUAAUAAAAAAGUUGAUAGAUUGCUCAGUGAAAUCAAAGAAUUAGACUCCAAGCUGGAUUUACAAAAAGCUGAAUUAACUGCUAAGAUAUGUAUGUGUUCAGAAUUAGAAAAAGUCAUUCAGGAACUUCAAAAAGAAAAAUCAGACUUGAGUGAGAAAUUGGAAUCCUUCUCUUAUGAAAAUCAGCAAUUACUUCAGAGUGUAACAUCUUUGGAAAACUUAAAUUCUGGUUCAAGACCAUGCAAAAUUAUAUUCACAGAUACUCCAGAUAUUGAAGAUAAUCUAGGAAUGGUGAAUAAAGACUGGAAAGAACAAUUUCUUGAAAUUGAAAAUGAAUUGAGAAGGGUAAAAUCUGAAAAGAUUAACAUUGAGAAUCACGCCUUUUCCAUUGAAGCUGACUUGGAAUGUCUUCAAACAAAGAAUCUCUGUUUAGAAAAAGAUAAUGAUAAUAAACAGAAAAUGGUGUUGAAUCUUGAAGAACAACUUUCUCUGGUUAUAUCUGAGAAAAACCACCUUAGUGGAGAACUAGACAUUCUAUUAAGGGAAAAAAUGCAAGUAGAAGAAAUAUGUGAAAAAUUGAAGGAAAAAAUUGAAGUGUUUGAGUCAAAUCAAAGGGAAUCUCUGCAACAUAUAGAAAUAAUGGAGUCUCAGGUAAGAGACAAAACACAACUCCUUCAGACUAUGUCAUCUGAUGUAAACCAACUAAUAAAAGACAAAGAUCAUCUCCAAGAGCAGCUUCAAAGUGUAGAGAAGGAUACACAGAUGCUUAGUUUGGUAAAAGAUGACUUGAAAAAUGAAAUUGGUCAAUUGAUCAAUGAAAAAGAGCUUCUUAUAAGAGAAUCAGAAAACCUCAAAGCCAAAUUGAAUGAAUCAGAAGCAGAAAAUGUAAACCUUUCUAAGGUUUUAGAGAAUUCUCUAAUUGAAAAAGGUGAGAUUGUAGCAAGAUUGAAUUCAACACAAGAAGAAGUACAUCAGCUGAGAAGUGGCAUAGAAAAACUAAAAAUCCGCAUAGAGGCUGAUGAAAAGAAAAAACACUACAUUUUAGAAAAGCUGAAGGAAAGUGAACGCAAUGCUGACUCGUUUAAGGACAGAAUUGAAGGACUUGAAAGAGAAUUGCAGAUGUCAGAAGAAAAUCAAGAAGCAAUGAUUCUUGAUGCUGAGAAUGCAAAGUCUGAAUUAGAAACACUGAAAACACAAAUGGAAGAGUUAACGAAAGGCUUAAAAUCUUCAGAAUUGGAAUUAUUUGCCUUAAGAUCAGAAAAAAAUAUCUUGAAUGGAUUACCAGAAAAUCAAUGUCAACAGUCUGAAUUGGAAGGGUUGAUGCAGACCAUAAAAUGUUUAGAAACAGAAGUUAUUGCUUUAAGGACAGAAAAAGAAAAUAUAUUGAAAGAGUUACAAGAAAAGCAAGGUCAGAUGUCACAAUUGGAACAGUUGGCCCAAAGCUUAAAAUUUGUUGAAACUGAAGUUUUUUCUCUGAUGUCAGAAGAAGAAAAUGUAAUGAAAGACAUAAAAGGAAAUAAAGGUCAAGUGUUUGAAUUAGAAAAGUUGACUCAAACCUUAAAUUGUUUAAAAUCAGAACUUGUUGCUUUAAGGUCAGAAAAAGAAAUUAUUUUGAAAGAACUACAAGAAAAGGAAAAUAGAGUGUCUGAAUUAGAAGAGUUGACCCAGUCUCUAAAGUGUUUGGAAAUUGAAGUUACUUCUUUAAGGUCAGAAAAAGAAAAUAUAUCAAAGGAAUUGCACAAAAAGCAGAGUCAAGUGUCUGAGUUAGAAGAAUUGACUGAAAUCUUAAGAUGUGUAGAAGCUGAAGUUCUUUCCUUACGGUCAGAAAAAGACAAUGUAUUGAAAGAACUGCAAGAAAAUCAAGAUCAAGUAUGUGAAUUAAAAGAAUUGACUGAAAGCUUCAAAUGUGUAGAAACAGAAGUUGUUGCCUUAAGGUCAGAAAAAGAAAAUAUAUUGAAAGAAUUAAAAGGAAAGCAAGAUCAAGUUUGCCAGUUAGAAGAGUCGAUCAAAACCCUAAAAUGUUUGGAAACAGAAGUUGUUUUCUUAAGGUCAGAAAAAGAAAAUACACUGAGAGAAUUACAAGAAAAUCAUUAUCAAAUCUUUGAAUUAGGAGAAUUAGUCCAAAUGCUAAAAUGCUUAGAUUCUGAACUUAUUAGUAUAAGGUUAGAAAAAGAAAAUAUUUUGAAAAACUUACAAGAAAGACAAGAUCGAGUGUCAGAAUUAGAAGAGCUGAUCAGCAGCUUUAAAUGUUUGGAAACUGAAGUUGUUUCCUUAAGGUCAGAAAAAGAAAAAAUGUCAAAGGAGUUACAAGAAAAGCAGAGUCAAGUAUCUGAAUUGGAAGGGUUGACCAUAAACCUAAAAUACUUGGAAACUGAAAUUGCUUCUUUUAAGUCAGAAAAAGAUAAUAUGUUGAAGGAACUACAGGAAAAGCAGGAUCGAAUAUGUGAAUUAGAAGAAAUGACCAGAAGCCUAAAAUGUUUUGAAACUGAACUUAUUUCCUUAAGGUCGGAAAAAGAAAACCUGUCAAGGGAGUUACAGGAAAAGCAGAGUCAAGUGUCUGAAUUAGAAGAAUUUACCAAAAGUCUAAAAUGCUUGGAAUCUGAAGUUGCUUCUUUAAAAUCAGAAAAAGACAAUAUGUUGAAGGAACUGCAAGAAAAACAUGAUCAGAUUUGUGAAUUAGAAGAAAUGAACAUAAGCCUAAAAUGUUUGGAAACUGAAGUUGUUUCCUUAAGGUUAGCAAAAGAAAGCAUGUCAAAGGAGUUAAAAGAAAAGCAGAGUCAAGUGACUGAAUUAGAACAGUUGACCCAAAGUCUAAAGAGUUUGGAAACUGAAUUUGCUUCUCUAACAUCAGAAAAAGAAGAUCUGUUGAAGCAGCUGUGUGAAUUAAAAGAGUCAACUAAAAACCUAAAAUGUUUGGAAAAUGAAGUUGUUUCUUUAUCAUCAGAAAAAGAACACAUUUUGAAAAAACUACAAGAAAAGCAGGGUCAAGCGUCUGAUUUAGAAGAGUUGACCAAAAGUCUAAAGUCUCUGGAACCUGAAGUUGCUUCUUUAAGGUCAGAAAAGGAAAACAUAUUGAAGGAGCUACAAGAAAAACAAGGUCGCAUUUGUGAAUUAGAAGAGAUGACCAUAAACUUAAAAUGUUUGGAACCUGAAGUUGCUGCUUUAAGGUUAGAAAAAGAAACAGUGUUGAAAGAUUUACAAGAAAAGCAGGAUCAAAUUUGUGAAUUAGAAGAAAUGAACAUAAACCUAAAAUGUUUGGAAACUGAAGUUGUUUCCUUAAGAUUAGCAAAAGAAAAAAUGUCAAAGGAGUUAAAAGAAAAGCAGAGUCAAGUGUCUGAAUUAGAACAGCUGACCAAAAGUCUAAAGAGUUUAGAAACUGAAUUUGCUUCUCUAACAUUAGAAAAAGAAAAUCUGUUGAAGCAGCUGUGUGAAUUAGAAGAGUCAACUAAAAACCUAAAAUGUUUGGAAAAUGAAGUUGUUUCUUUAUCAUCAGAAAAAGAACACAUUUUGAAAGAACUACAAGAAAAGCAGGGUCAAGUGUCUGGUUUAGAAGAGUUGACCAAAAGUCUAAAGUUUUUGGAACCUGAAGUUGCUUCUUUAAGGUCAGAAAAAGUAAACAUGUUAAAGGAGUUGCAAGAAAAACAAGAUCACAUUUGUGAAUUAGAAGAGAUGACCAUAAACCUAAAAUGUUUGGAACCUGAAGUUGCUUCUUUAAGGUCAGAAAAGGAAAACAUAUUGAAGGAGCUACAAGAAAAACAAGGUCGCAUUUGUGAAUUAGAAGAGAUGACCAUAAGCUUAAAAUGUUUGGAACCUGAAGUUGCAGCUUUAAGAUUAGAAAAAGAAAAAAUGUUGAAAGAUUUACAAGAAAAGCAGGAUCAAAUUUGUGAAUUAGAAGAAAUGAACAUAAACCUAAAAUGUUUGGAAACUGAAGUUGUUUCUUUAAGGUUAGCAAAAGAAAACAUAUCAAAGGAGUUAAAAGAAAAGCAGGGUCAAGUGGCUGAAUUAGAACAGUUGAUCAAAAGUCUAAAGUGCUUGGAAUCUGAAGUUGCUUCUCUAACAUCAGAAAAAGAAAAUCUGUUGAAGCAGCUGUGUGAAUUAGAAGAGUCAACUAAAAACCUAAAAUGUUUGGAAAAUGAAGUUGUUUCCUUGUCAUCAGAAAAAGAACACAUUUUGAAAGAACUGCAAGAAAAGCAGGGUCAAGUGUCUGAUUUAGAAGAGUUGACCAAAAGUCUAAAGUCUUUGGAACCUGAAGUUGCUUCUUUAAGGUCAGAAAAGGAAAACAUGUUGAAGGAGCUACAAGAAAAACAAAGUCACAUUUGUGAAUUAGAAGAGAUGACCACGAGUCUAAAAUGUUUAGAAACUGAAAUUGCUUCUUUAAGGUCUGAAAACAAAGACAUGUUAAAGGAGUUGCAAGAAAAGCAGGGUCAAACGUCUGAAUUGGAAGAGAUGACCAGAAAGCUAAAGUCCUUGGAAACCAAAUUUACUUCUUUAACAUCAGAAAAAGAAAACAUGUUAAAGCAAUUGUGUGAAUUAGAAGAUUUGAACAAAAACCUAAAAUGUUUGGAAACUGAAGUUGUUUCCUUAUCAUCAGAAAAAGAAAACAUUUUGAAAGAACUACAAGAAAAGCAGGGUCAAGUGGCAGAACUGAAAAUGUUAAAUGUUUCAUUUGAAAGCCUACUGGAAGAAAAAGAAGAAGAAAAGAGAAGAUCUAAAGAAGAAUCUAACCACACAAUCGAAUUGCUUCAAAAACAGUUGAAUGAUCUAAAUGAGAAAAUAGAAUCCUUACAUAAAGAGCAUAACAUAUGUAAGGUCAGUGAGCAGGAUCUAAAUUGUCAAGUGGAUUCUCUAAAGAAUGAGAAAGUUCAUUUGCUGCAGCAGCUUGAAGAGAACAAAAAUAAUAAUGCUGUGCUGAAAUCUUCUAUAAAUGAAGUUACUCAAGAAAUGGAAAACAACAAACAAAAAUUAGAGAAGGCAAUGGAAGAAAGCAGAAUACUUCAAAAAGAAGUUGGAGACCUCAGAAAGCUCUCCUCUGCAUUGACCCAGAUGGAGGUGGAGCAGCAACUGCUGGAGAAAGAAAAAUCACGGCUGGAAAAUCUUACAGCAGAAUUACAACAAAAGAUCCAAGAACUAUCCAAGAAUGAGACUUUGUAUGACAGUUUGGAAGCUCUGCAAAGUUCUUAUACCAAUCUGGAGAAUGAGCUUGAGUUGACAAAGAGGGAAAACUCCUCUCUUCUUGAAAAGAUAAAUAAAGUGGCAGAUAAUGAAGCUCUGCUAAAGAAGGAGAUGAAUGAGGUGAUGCAAAAGAUGACAGUGUUGCAAGAAGAAUAUACUGGAGAGAAGAACAGGCUUAAUGAUUAUGUAAAAAGUAGAGAAGCAGAAGCAGAGAAGAGGAAAAUACAACUGGAUGAGCUAAUCCUGGAAAAGUGUGAACUGAAGAAGAGUUUGGAUUGUGUGCAAAAAGAGCUGAAGGAAAGAGAAGAGAAAGCAAGAAAUGAAAUAUCAGAUUAUCAGUGUAGGCUUCAGGAUGCCAAUAAGAAAUAUGAAGUUUUACUCAAGGAAGCAAACAAAAAGUAUCAAAUGGAAAUUGAAGCAUAUCAAGAGAAACUGAUUUGUAAAGAACAAGAUCUCAGUUCACACAAGUCAGAGAUGGAGAUUUUAAAGUCCAAUAAAGAAGAAUUAACUAGUUCUCUGGAAUCUACUAGUAAGAUAUUAGAAGAAUUGAAGAAAACCAAGGCUGAUAAUAUAAAAUAUGUAACUCAGUUGAAGAAGGAGAAUGAAAAUGCUAGAGGAAAAAUACAGUUGCUGAUCAAAACCUGUAAACAGCUGGAGAAUGAAAAGGAAGCAUUACAGAAAGAAAUUGCUGGCCUUGAAGCUCUGCAAGAGAACCAGAAACAAAAUAAUGCCUCGGAUGUUAAUGUAGAAGAACUGAUAGCUGAGGUGAAAGAACUGAAAGAAACUAUUGAAGAAAAAAAUAAAGAGACAGAUGAAUACUUGGAUAAGUAUUGUAACCUUCUUGUUAGUUAUGAAAAGCUGGAAAAAACUAAAGAUAUGUUAGAAGCCCAGGUUACUUUCCUGAGUUCUCUGCAAGGAAAACUUACCUCUCAGACUUCUCCUUUGCUAAACUCAAUUGAUUCAAUACACUCUCCAAGUCAUCCUGUUACUGAAAAGAAGACAUUAGCCAGUCAAAAUAAAGUUUCAAGCAAGAGACGAAGGUCUUGUGGUGCCAAAGUAAGUGAUGGAGAGUCAGUGCCUUCUACACCAGAGACUUUUACUAAAAGGAUCAAAAAAGGAGUGACACCAAAAGGUGCUGCAUGCUUCUCAACAGGCUUGGAGAACACUGAAUAUGAGCCAGAAGGACUACCAGAAGUGGUGAAGAAAGGAUUUGCUGACAUCCCCACUGGAAAAACAAGCCCUUAUGUCCUUCGGAGAACAACCCUGGCCACGAGGGCCAGCUCCCGUCUUGCUGCACAGAAGUUAUCACCUUCUCUGAAUCUACAGAAAGGGCAGUUGGAAAAUCUUGCUGAGACCUCCAAACCAACAGCUGGUGGCAGCAAAUCACAAAAGGCAAAAGAUGUCCAUCAGCACCAAGUGGAUUCACUUGUGACAGCUACAGAACCUACCACAAGAUCUCCUCUUUCUGCAAAUAAUCUUUCAAAAAAAACUUCCACUGACAUCCCUAAAGAAAGUAUGAGAACCAAGAGAGUCAGACAUUCCCCAAGUAAACACGCUGUACCUGAACAAAACAAAGAAGAAAACUGUAGGGUUCAAUGAAUUUUAAAAGGUUUCUGUAGUGUAUGAGUGCUAUACAAAUUAAAAAAUAUUUUUCAAAGGCCUCCCAUUGAGGUUUUUGUCUAGUUGUCUUGCAGUUGUUGAGUGUGUGCGUUUUUAGAUGGGAAAUGUUAGAAUAAGAACAAUUGUAUUGCUUUUGCAUAUCAUUCUCAUUGUUCCUCCGUGUACAGUAAUGUAAAUAGUCCUGUAUAAAGUUAUGUAGAAAAAGUUUCAAUGAAUAUAACAUACUUUAAGUAGGGAAUGAGGCAUUAAACCUACAAAACACAUUUUGUGUUAUAUUCAUUAAAAUGACCAGUAGUACCAAAAAUAUAUAUUGUAAUUUUAGUCUGUAUCAGGAGACAUAUGAGAGAUUUUGAGGAAUGAAUUGUAAUAGCCGUAUGUCCACUUGAAUAAAUAAAAAGAAAACCAUGUAUUUUAGGAGUAAGUAAAAGAUAUGUAUAGUUUGUUUAUAGUAAAAUUAUGAUUUUGAA